AGUUGUCAUAAAGUGAUUACGUCAGAAGCCGUCGGGGCCCAACAGUCAGGAUGAAUACGGCCACUGCUCGCAUUCAACCCAAAAAACAAACUUUAGAAGAUGCCUAUUCACCUCCGGCCAAUUUUCUAGAAAUAGACGUCUGCAAUCCACAAACACAUGGACUAGGCAAAAAGCGAUACACCGAUUACGAAGUCCGAAUGAGGACUAAUUUACCAGUUUUCAAGUUAAAAGAUUCUAGUGUCCGUCGACGUUACAGUGACUUUGAAUGGUUAAGAAAUGAACUUGAACGAGACAGUAAGAUUGUUGUUCCAGCUCUCCCCAGAAAAGCAUGGGAAAGGCAGUUACCAUUCCGUGCAGAUGAUGGUAUUUUUGAAUCGGAUUUUAUUGAAGAAAGAAGAGAAGGCCUAGAAUCAUUCAUAAACAAGGUUGCUGGUCAUCCAUUAGCACAAAAUGAACGUAGCUUGCAUAUGUUCUUGCAAGAGCCAGCCAUUGACAAAAAUUAUGUUCCAGGAAAAAUUCGAACAACAUGAAAAAUUUAAAAUUAAGACACUAUAUUUUACUGUGACCCAGAAGUUUUUUUCUUUUUCUUUUUUUUUUUUCAUUCUUUCUUCCUCUCUCUUUUUUUUUUCCAAGACGCAUCUUCUGUGGCAUCAGAUCACUAAAGUUGGAUAAGUGGGAAUUCUUUCUCUCUCUUUCUCUUGCUAUCUUCCUCCCCCUCUCUCUCUCUCUCAUUCUCUCUUUCCCUUCCUCUUCUCGUUAUCAGGAUGCAAUGCCAGUUACUUUUAUCACACUCACAGAUGUUGCUCUUCAUUUUAGUUGUGAAAGUUUUGCCAACAUAUUUACAAACUUUAUAACUUUCUGAAGCAUUCAGAAUUAUUAACUGAAAAUACUUUAUUAUUAUUGUUAUUAUUAUUAUUAUUAUUAUUAUUAUUUGGUUCUCUUGCUGGACUGGAAUAUAUCCAUAACUCCUAACCUUAAACUUUCCCCUUUCAAUCUAUUCUCACUUGAUUUCUUUUCUCUCAUAAUUUUCUUUUAGUAAUUGUAUGACAGCAGUUAUACGUAUAUAUAUACAUACAUAUAUAUAUAU